AUGGGAAGCGAUCAAGGAUAUUUAAGAGAAUCCUUAAGAACAGGCAAAUUAAAAGGAGACUAUAGACGUAGAGCAACCGAUUCGUAUUGGAGCUUGCGUGUCUUCAAGAUUAAAAGAGUUAUUAUUGGAAGAAAUCCACCACAACCAGUCUUAUAUUAUCUCAAGAAUAAACCUAUUGAAUCUACUGUUUAUUUGAUAGGACAGAACCCUAAAAGACCCUUUAAAUAUGAGGAACUUCAAGUAAUUGAAGAACCUGAUAAGAUUGAGUAUCUAUUCAAUAAAUUUAUGCGAAAAUAUUAUCAUACUGGAUUUAUUCACUUCUCUCAAAUUACUGAUAACAUGCUAAUAAAAGCACAUGAAUAUGCCUCUCGGAGAGGUCAGAUAGAUUUGGAUGAACAGAAAAUGCAUGAUUAG